AUUCAGACAUCAUGCAGUCAGUUGCGGGUGGUGACGAACCAUAACCUAAACUGUAUCUGACUGUCAAAUAGAUAUACUAACAUACACAAACACGCACACACAGAUCCACACAGAUCCACACAUACAGAAGCCCGUGGUGUGACGGUGAUUCAGGAGGAAGCAGCACAGAGAUAAAUGGCGAUGAAGAUGGAUUUAAAUGUCACCAUAGAGCAAAUGGAGACAGGAGAGCAGGACGCUGCCCUGACAGCUCUUCAGAGCUUCAACAAGGAGAUGAACCAGUGCUUCACAUUCGGCAAGGAAGAGGAGCAGGAAAGAGAGUGUCUUGGAGAAUUGGUGAUGGGUUUCUUGAACAGGGAGUUGCAGCCUUCCUGUCUGCUGGCCUGUCUAGAAACAGUCCGAAUCCUGUCCAGAGACAAAAACUGCUUGAGUCCCUUUAUCACCCACUCUGCCAUGACCACCCUUGCCCGCUAUGCAGGCAUUGCUGUGGCUGGUGCGGCUUCAUCUGAGUGCUGCCAACAGGAGGAGGGUCAAAGUGAGGGAGGAGAGGCAGCAGAAGUAUCUAAUGAGGUGACGAAGGAAGUCUCUCCUUCAGAAAACGCUGACCAGGAAGUGAUCACUGAGGCUCUCAAGUCCAUCUGUAACAUCCUGCUGCACAACCUUAGGGGACAGGUGGUGGCAGCAGAUCUGCAGCUGAUAAAGGGCGUGGCAGAGAGGCUGAAGCAGAGUCAUGAUCCCACCUGGAAACAUGAGGUGCGUUUCUUUGACCUACGCCUCACCUUCCUGAUGACAGCCGUGACAGUUGAAACGAGGGCACAGCUGGCUCAGGAGCUUCACGGCAUCAGGCUGCUAGCCAACCAGUUGGAUGCCACACUGGGUGUCUCAUGGCCAGAUACACUGGAGACGGCCCGUGCCGGAUUUGAGGGUGUCCCGCCUGAAGACGUGCCCCUACUGAGCCGGGAGCAGACAGAACUAGCCAUGGAGAGCCUGAAGAUACUGUUCAAUAUCACGUUCGACACAAGCAGACGCAAAGUUGACGAGGAGGAGGCAGCAGAGUACAGACAUUUAGGAGCCAUUAUGAGACACUGUCUGAUGAGCCAAGCUGACGGAGAGGAGAGGACUGAGGAGUUCCACAGUCAUACUGUAAACCUGCUAGGUAACCUCCCUCUACCCUGUCUGGAUGUCCUGCUGGUGCCCAAAGUACAACAAGGCUCCAUCGAAUACAUGGGGGUCAACAUGGACGCUGUCAACAUGCUGAUGGACUUCAUGGAGAAAAGACUGGACCGGGGAAACAAACUGAGGGAGACUCUCCUCCCUUCGCUGAACCUGCUGACUGAGAGCGCCCGCAUCCAUCGAGAGACCAGGAAAUUCCUCAGGUCAAAGGUGCUGCCCCCUUUGCGUGAUGUGGUGAACAGGCCCGAGGUGGGUGACACUCUGAGGAACAAACUGGUCCGUCUGAUGACACACAUUGACACUGACGUCAAGGACUGUGCUGCUGAAUUUUUGUUUGUCCUCUGCAAAGAAAGCGUUUCAAGGUUCAUUAAGUACACCGGGUACGGAAAUGCUGCCGGUCUGCUGGCUGCCAGAGGACUACUGAGGGGCGGCAGAGACUCCGGGAUUUACUCUGAGGAUGAAGACUCUGAGACAGAGGAGUACAGAGAGGCCAAGAACCAUAUAAAUCCGAUCACAGGCGUUGUAGAAGAAGAGCAGCCUAAUCCCAUGGAGGGAAUGACUGAGGAGCAGAAAGAAUAUGAAGCCAUGAAGUUGGUCAGCAUGUUUGACAAACUGUCAAGGAACAACCUGAUCCAGCCCAUGCAGCUCAGUAUGGACGGGAAGAUGCGAGAGGUGACCCCGGACGACCUGGAAAAUCUCGUCAAAAAUCCUGUGUUCCAGCCAGAGGGGCCGCAUAACUCAGAGAGUGAAGAUGAAGCUUAGAAAACUGAAACAUCAAGAUUUGUUUUCUGGCACUCCUUUGAUUCUCAAGCUGAGGUCUAAACAGGUGUAAUCUCAUGGAUUUGAUUUGGUUUGAUUGCUUAGAGGUUAAGUUUGGUUUUUGAUCCAGAACGUUUUGAAAAUUAGGUUUAAAAACCACAUCAGUGUCACACUCCAGAAACUUUCUCUUCAUGUCUGUAACUCAGGAUAAUGAUCCUCAGACCUCGCUAUCGACAAUUUGCAUUGAAAACAGUUUACAGCGCUGUGGAAACUAGUCUGUCUCUGUUUGAACUUAGCAGCAGCAUUUUGAGAUAAAGAUGAGAGUCACUUCUACCUUUAAUGAGUGCAGGUGAAAAUAUGUGAAAGCUAGCCAAAGAGCUGUUUGAGAUGAUAAAAUAUUUUUUAAAUAAUGAAUUUUAGAUGCCUGUUGUUUUUCAUAAAGCCUUCAGAUGUUUUAUUUUUAGAAGUGUAAAACUGCAGAGAAGGUAACAUUUUAAGAAGGAAAAUAAAGAUUCUAUAAUCUGAAGCAUUAUAUAUUCAAUGUAUACUCCUUUAUAUAGCUGCCAACUUUGUCAUGGACGGUAUUAUACAUUAAAGGUAUUUCAAUGACA